AUGUAUAGCAAUUUACCCAAAGGGGUACAGGAAGGAUCGUUCGAGGAUGUAGUGGAGGCGCUGGAAAAGUCCAGGCGGGACCCAUGCAGGAAGCUCAAGAAGGUAGACGAGUGGGAUAAGCUCCGUAAAAGGGACAACGAAACCGUAGAGGAAUUUUGCUAUAAAAUGGAAAGGAUUUCAAGGGAGAUCCACAGCGACAGUGACCGAGAUUUUCUUUUGGGCUCCAAACUACAGACUUGCCUUUCCGAGUGGGAAGAAUCCUACCACCUGCUGGCUGCCCUUGAAGCACCAUAUGGGUUGGUAUACCAGUCAGUGCGUAAGGCGGCAUUGCGGCUGGACCGAGCACGCGAAGCGAUGAGAAAAAGAUCGCAGUUACAAGGGGCCCAAGGGAAGGACCGGAGCGAUCGCACCAGGUAUAAAGCUCAUGAUAAAUAUGAUAGCGAGGAGAUUGAAACGAGAGAUAAAACAAUUGGUAAAAAUGGUCCAGCAAAGAAGAUGAAGUGCUUUAGAUGCGGUGGCAUGGGCCAUUACGCAAGGAGUUGCCCGAGAGCUAAUGUUCAGGAGCAGACCCCGCACGUACACGAUAAACAAAGGCGGAAACCAAACGAAGGGAAACCGUCGGAGUCGUUUUUCACCCAUUUAGAAAAGUGGUGUAGCGCAGUGACUAGUCAGGAUAAAAAGACGGUAGUAACUGAGGCGUAUGGGAAACCCCUUCUCUGCAAGGUAUACAUGCUAGGCAUGGUGAUCGAUGCUAUGAUUGGUACGGGAUCAGUGGUAUCAAUCGUCCCUCUUGGCCUACUGUUGGAGGCGAAGGAGAAAAAGAUCGAUCUGGACAACCUGGUAACCAUCAUGGGGGAUGGUAACUCUCAGAGAGUGGUGGACGCCUCAGGGAAUGUCAUGAGCUUUUUGAUGCUAACUGCUACGGAAGUGAAUGUGCAGGGAGGAGGGCAAGCCCGUGUACAGUUACAUAUCCAAAGAAGCAAGGAUAAAGUAGUACUGCUAGGGACAAAUGCACUCCAAGCCCUGAAUAUCCAUAUACAAUUGAGUGAGCCCAUAGUAGAAACAAGAACCCAGGACGAGAACGGUGAUGCGUGGCAUGUGCGAGCAAUUCAUAGGCAUGUCAUUCCGCGGGAGGGAUUUCUACGUACCUGUCUCAGCGCAGGAGUGACGAGUGCAUAUUUGGGUCGAAUAAUGAUCGCAUUUCUUCCGGUGUACUGA